GAGAAAAGGCGAAAGAAUUCAGUCGAGUGAGCAUCUCUGACACAGCGACAACUGCAGUCACUACUUGUCACCAACUUUAUUCUUCAUCGAAUAUUAAGUUCGCAAAUCGCAAUGAUGGUUAUAAACAACUGCAUCGUGCUGCUUUUGGGCGUUUUAUCAUUGAUGGCUGGGUCGAACAUGGGUGUACCGAUGUCUCCUGGGUACCCAGGAUACCAAACAACAACGACGAAGGAAUACUACACCGAGCCCCCCAAGUACUACACGACUACGUAUGCUGCCCCAGCUUACUACACCGAGGCUCCCAAGUACUACACCACCAAGGCACCGGAAUAUUACAGGACUACGUAUGCUGCCCCAGCUUACUACACCACCAAGGCAACGGAGUACUAUACGACUACGUAUGCUGCCCCAGCUUACUACACCGAGGCUCCCAAGUACUACACAACCAAGGCACCGGAGUACUACACAACUAAAUACUAUGCCGAGACUCCAACUUAUUAUACCAAAGUGGCUGAGUACUACGUCGAAGCACCUAAGUACUUGACUACAACCUACGCUGCUCCAAGUUACUACGCAGAACAACCCAAGUACUACUCUGCCCCGAGCUACACAACCACAACUGAGGCGGCGAAGUAUUCCGUAGCCGCAACUUACUACACAGCGGCUGCUCCUUCGUACUACGUUGAGCCGAAAUACUACACCGAGGCUCCAGUUUACUACACCACAACUUACGCUACACCUAGCUACUACACCGAAAAGAGCGAAUAUUACGCAACCACGUACGCUGCCCCAGUUUACUUCACCGAGGAACCCAAAUAUUACUCUGCUCAAAGCUACUACCAAACAGAGGCUCCUGUUUACUACACUACCAAGGCACCUGAGUAUUACACCACUACUUCUGCUGCACCGACCUACUACACCGAAGCCCCGAAGUAUUACUCUGCCCCGAGUCACUACACCACCAAGGCUCCUGAAUAUUACACCACAACCUACGCUUCUCCAGCUUACUACAGGGAGGCUCCUAAAUACUAGAGCCAAAUUCCAGUUUUAUAUAAUUGUUUUCAGAUUUGUCGAUCAUCUUAAUAGUUACUAGUCACUGAGAAUUUAUUGUUGAUCUGUAAUGAAAGAAUACAUUUUUUAAUGCGGGUAA